CGCAACAUUUCCAUAUACCGCUGGAGGUUAUUGGAACACCGUGAUUCAGUAGAGAGUGAAUGUGUUUGUUGCAUGUUACUUUCUUAAUUGUCACUAUCGUUGCGCUAAUAAUUACGAAACAACAAAACUGAAUUUUAUCAGGUGCUAAAUUGGUGUACUAAGUACUUUUAAACUACUUAAGUAGUUCCAGUUUUUGUGUCGGUAUCAGCGUUACUUGGGAAUAACAAAAAGAAUCAAAAUGGGUUGGGGAUCGAAGUUGGAUGGUUGCGGCAAUUUUAUAAAAUACAGUUUGUUCAUCGUCAAUUUUAUAAUAUUUUUGGGUGGUGUUAUUGUUGUCGCAAUAGGAAUUUGGACCAUUGUCGACAAAUCAUUUGCAAAUGACUUAUUGGGAACGAACUUGUAUGCAGGAGCAGCCUAUAUUUUACUAGCCACGGGCAUUUUAGUAACGUUUAUAUCAUGCUUAGGAUGUUGGGGAUCAGUCAAAGAAGUUCGGUGUAUGCUGGUUAUAUACUUUAUCAUCAUUUUCCUAAUAUUUGUCACGAUGCUUGUUGGAGGAAUUUUGGGAUACGUUUUCCGUGGAAAGAUUGAUCAGACUAUUAGACUUGGAAUGGAAAGUUCUCUUCGCGAUUAUGGACAAAUGAAAGAAAUAACAAAUGCCUGGGACGAAACUCAAACUAGAUUAAAAUGCUGUGGAAUCUACGGCUACAGGGAUUGGCAAAAUAAUAUUCCUACCUCGUGUUGCAAAACGACAAGUAAUGGUAAUCGAGUACCUUGUCAUAGUGUCAUUGGAAACAAUGAAUUCACUAUUUACGAAAGAGGUUGUCUUGAUGUUACCAAAGAAUAUGUCAAGGCACAUGCUGUUGUUAUUGGCACCGCUGGAGUUGUCGUUGCAUGCCUUAUGAUCCUUGGGAUGAUAUUCUCAUGCUACCUGUUCAAAUCAAUAGAAUAAACUCCAACAGGUGCCAAACAGACGUCUCCUUAAAAUGGAAAUGUGAACCAUAUCCACCUAAAGUUCCCGUAAACUGUACUUAUUAUCAAAGAGACUUUAAGAUCAACGAAUAUAUUAUAUUUUUGAAUGACACACAUUAACAUAUUACGUAGCACAUUUUAGGAGAAUUUCUCACCAUCACGAUUCAUAUUUGUGUUUCUAUUAUAAUUAUAUUUACAUCGAUAUUAUCUAUAGAUAUAUGGCCUUCCAGUCGUAAGAUCAACUAUAAGUUACCAAGUAUAUUUCUGUUGGUGGAUAUUUUAAUAUAUUUUAUUCAAAUAAAAAAAUAUAAACAUUAUUAUUAGAAAGCAGGUCAUUAUUGACCUUUUCAUUUGACGUUUUAAUGCCCCUGUUUGACUAAAUAUUAUUUCAAAAUUUUACUUAAAUUUUUCCGUAAAUAGAACUGGGCAUGUAAUUUUUGGAUUUAAAGUAAAUUCUCUCUCUUUAGUUUGUAACCACACGAGAAGUCUCAUUUUAUUAUUCUCUCUAAUCUAUUCUAUUCUACUUCCCUUAGUACACAAGUUCAGUUCUGGACAACUGUGUUUUCUUCUCUUUUCUCUUGGUAAUCUGUUAUGUGUUAUGUGCUGUUCUAUAGUAUAAUUAUACGGUGCCUCUUAUUCCUUUGAAAGAUUAUUAUUGUUUUUGUGGUGAUAUUUCGUAUUGAAUUUCUUAGCCUUGGCGUUAAUUUUGAUAUACAAUUGUUUAUAUAUCAUCAUCGCCUAUUGCCACUGUGUCAGCUUUAUAACAUAGUUACUGUAUUUCCUUGUACUUUCAUUGAUAUACUUUUCUUUUAAGUUACUUAAUAAGUCCGAUAUAAAAUCGAAAAUAUUUUUAGAUUUUGUGAAUCUCUAAACCUUGUUUUGUAUAAUUUCUAUUAGUUCUGCAUAUAAUAACUAAACAUUUAUGACAAGCCUGUUGUUGAUUUUUUCUUAUUGUUAAAAUUUGAGUUUAACACUCUAACCUUCCCAUUGAUUUAUUUUUUGUUACUGGAAAAAUCAUUAAAAU